AUGAUUCGAGGUUUGCUUCUGGGAGUCAUAUGGAUGAUAUACUACUGUCUUUGCCCAUCAUUUCAACAAGAGACGAGCUUUGUUUACAACCGCUUCGAUCAAGCAGAAGCAGAUCGUACUCUUCACCUUGACGGCAGUGCAAGAAUCAUUCCAAGAAGUCGUGGUGGUGUUCUGCAACUGACAAACGCAACGGAUCGCCAAAUUGGUCAUGCUUUCUUGAAGCAGCCGAUUGUGUUCGAACCAUCUGAAUCAGUCUCCUUCUCGACGCAUUUCGUGUGUGCACUGCUCCCUUCAGGUGAUGAGAGUGGCCAUGGCAUGGCCUUUGUUGUCUCUCAUUCUCUUGAUUUCAAGAACGCAGAGCCAACACGUUACUUUGGAGUUUUCAACCAAAACGGAUCUGAUUCCACACGUGUCCUGGCUGUAGAGCUUGACAUCUCACUAGCUCCAGAGUUGAAUGACAUCAGUGAUAACCAUGUCGGGAUUGAUGUGAACAGCGCAAAGUCUGAGAAAGCUGAAAACGCUUCUUAUUUCUCGGACAAAGAUGGAAAGAAGAAAGAGAUAAAGCUCUUGAGUGGAGAUCCUAUCCAGGUUUGGGUGGAUUACGAAGGCACAACACUCAACGUUUCAUUGGCUCCUCUUAAAAACCAGAAACCAAGCAGGCCUCUUUUGUCAUCAACAUCCAUCAAUCUUACAUCGAUCUUGCAAAGUAGAAGAAUGUUUGUUGGUUUUUCCGGCGCAACCGGGUCAAUCACUGCUUACCAGUACAUUCUCGGGUGGAGUUUUAGCAAAAGCAUGGCCUCUCUGAAGAGCAUUGACAUCUCAAAGCUUCCCAAAGUUCCUCGGUCUAGGAAUAAAAAGAAGUCUACCUCACUAGUUCUCGAUGCUCUUCUUGGUUUAAUAGCUUUCUUAGUUUUGGGGCUUCUUGUUGGAGCUUAUCUGUACAGGAGAAACAAAUACGCUGAAGUAAGAGAAGAAUGGGAAAAAGAGUUUGGUCCUCUCAGAUAUUCCUACAAAUCUCUAUACAAAGCAACGAAAGGGUUUAGUAGGAAUGAGUUUCUUGGGAAAGGAGGUUUCGGUGAAGUCUACAAAGGAACUCUCUCCAGGAGCAGAGAUAUUAAAGAAGUGGCUGUGAAGAGAGUAUCACAUAACGGUGAGGAAGGUAUGAAGCAAUUUGUGGCUGAGAUCGUGUGCAUGAGGAGCUUAAAACACAGGAGCUUGGUUCCACUUCUUGGAUAUUGCAGGAGAAAAAACGAGUUGCUACUUGUCUCUGAGUACAUGCCAAAUGGUAGUCUUGACCAUUACUUGUUUAACCAUGAACGAGUGUCUCUGCCUUGGUGGAGAAGGCUCGCGAUCCUGAAGGAUAUUGCGUCAGCUCUUAGUUACUUGCAUACAGAAGCUGACCAAGUUGUUAUACACAGAGAUAUCAAAGCUGCUAAUGUGAUGUUGGACGCAGAGUUCAAUGGAAGGUUGGGAGAUUUUGGUAUGUCAAGGUUAUAUGACAGAGGAGCUGAUCCGACAACAACAGCUGCUGUAGGAACUUUUGGCUACAUGGCACCUGAGCUUACAACAAUGGGAGCUUCCACUGCUACUGAUGUGUAUGCGUUUGGUGUGUUCUUGCUUGAAGUGACUUGUGGGAGGAGACCUGUGGAGCCUGGCUUGUCGGCUGCAAAACGUUUUCUGAUCAAAUGGGUUAGUGAAUGCUGGAGAAGGUCUUCUUUGGUUGAUGCUAGAGAUCCAAGGUUGGUAGAGUUCUCAUCACAGGAAGUGGAAAAGGUUCUGAAACUUGGUUUGCUCUGUGCAAAUCUUGCUCCGGAUGCAAGACCGACCAUGGAACAAGUGGUGCAAUACUUGAAUGGAAAUGUAAAUUUGCCUGAGUUUUGGCCUAAUUCUCCUGGGAUUGGAGUUCUCACUCCAAUGGCGUUUUUGUCAUCACCACUUGUGCUUCCUUCACUAUCACUGUCGUCUUCCUCUGCCAAUAGUUCUAUGUUUAUUACUCACUCAGUCCUCUACGGGAAUGGAAGAUGA